UAAUGUUUGAUUAGCGCGAGUCCAGAAAGCGAUAUGGGCCGGCCUAACAGCCCAGCACUGACCCCACUCUGAACCGGGAGACCAUUUUUCAUCCUAAAAUAGUUGGAGAGGACAUGUAUAAAACAGAAAGAGCAGAGGCACUGAUCUUCUACUGGAUGUCCCUCCUGCACCUACCUGGCCCUCCUCCCACCUCAGCAGUCCGUCAGUAACAAGCCGAGAUGGCAAUGAGCAGCAUCCUCAACGCUGACGACAUCAAGAAAGCUCUAGAUGCAUUCGCAGUUGCUGACUCUUUUGACCAUAAGAAGUUUUUUGAGAUUGUGGGUCUGAAGUCCAAGUCCUCUGAUGAUGUGAAGAAGGUCUUCACAGUGCUGGACGCCGACAACAGUGGCUUCAUAGAGGAAGAAGAGCUCAAAUUCGUCCUGAAGGGUUUUGCCAAAGAUGGCAGAGACCUGACAGACAAAGAAACCAAAGCAUUUUUACAAGCAGCCGACAAGGAUGGAGACGGCAAGAUUGGAGUCGAUGAAUUUGCUGCCCUUGUGAAAGAAUAAAGUCACCUAUGGCUCUGAGAGAUCACUCUCCAAGCACCGCUGCAUCUCGACACCCCUCCUCACCCCCCACCAGAGCUCACACCUCACCUCAUGUGCUGCCUCACCCUGAGUCCCCCUCCCACCAGACUAGACACUGAGAUUCCUGCUCCAGAACGCUCCCGCCUGAACCUCAUCCACUGCUGCAGCUCUCUGCGGUGUGAAACCCCCAAAGCAGCAUUCAUGCUAUUUAUUUUAUCCUUUUUAUACAAACUGUUUUUGUUUCUGUUGAUGUAUAGAUAUUAAAAAACAUGCCUGCAGGAAUAAACAACAUGUUAAAUUAUAAAGUAGAUAUUUAAAGAGAAAGACCCUCAUUUCCUUCUGUGUUUCUGACUCCUCUCCUCACAUGCAUCACUCCGUUUUUCUGUUUUUUCCUCUGUUUUUUUGUCGCCUCUGGCUCUGCAUUCGCUGCCCUCUGUCCUCUCCCACACCAUCCAUCCAUCAUCCAACCAUCAUCCAACCAUCCAUCCAUCUCUUUCUCCUCUGGUAAUGAGCUGUUGUAAAACAUACCAAAAGAAGAAAGAAGUCAAGCUGUGAAAGAAUAAAAUUAAAUUGAGAAAAAAAA